GAACAAGUGGAGGAUGUAACCAUUAUUGGGGCCGGUAUUGGGGGGGCCUACACAGGGUGGAGGCUCAGGAACAAAGGCCUCCGAAUAGGAAUUUAUGAAUACUCAAAUCGUGUUGGAGGCAGGAUGUACACAAGAACUUUUCCAGACGCCCCCGACCUUCCUGUAGAUUUUGGAGCCAUGAGGUUAAAACCAGCAGACCAUCUCAGGAUGAUUAAAGCCGGUAGAGAAUUAGGGUUAACAUUCAUUCCUUUUGUUGAAGAAUCGGGUCGGAUUCCCGAACGCACCCGCCUUUUCCUGCGAAACACUCACAUGUCUAUCCCUGAGUUGGAAACGUCCAAAAACCCCUACAGACUUAGCCCAGGGGAAAGAAAAAAUCCUGCUGAAUUAAAAAGGUUACUAUCUGAAUGGUUUACAAACUAUAACGGUUCUGAUCCAAAUACAGAACUUUUUACUGCUGUCACUCUCAGAGAUGGAGUACCUUUAUAUUUGCAGAGCUACGAAGAGGUUUUACGAAAAACUGGAAUAAGUAAUGAGGCAUACAAGUAUAUACGUGACAACUCUAUAUUCAAAUAUGGUUUGGGAGAUGACCAAAGCAUUGAACGGUUUCCUCAAGCAAGACGAGGAUUCGAAAAGAACACUACUCCCAAUGGACUUCCACGGAUGGUAACUAUACCCACAGGACUUGGUUCAUAUCCCAUGGGAUUUAUGAGACGAUUCCUGUCAAGGAACCCAAGAAGCAAUCCAGUUUUCCAGAAGGCACUAAAUUCGGUGAUUGAUGUUCAAGCCUCCAAGAUAUUCCUUGUGUACGAUUAUCCUUGGUGGCUUAAUGAGCGAUACAAUUUCACGUUUACCCAUUCAGAUCUUCCAUACCGACAGUCCUUCCAUUGGGGUAUAUCUCGCACUGGCAAAGCAGUUUUUCUCAUGUCGUAUGCUGACUUUGAUGAUGUCGCGUUCUGGAGUCAUCUUCAACAAAGAGGAAACGUCAUAAGCAAAAGAAAUGAUGAUACCCGGGUAACGGACGAGGUUGUAAGACACGCACAUAGUCAGAUUUCCAAAGUUUACAAGAUAGACCGGAGACAUCUCCCUGCUCCUGUGGAUGGAAUGAUGUUUGCUUGGGACAAGUACCCGUACAAUGGUGGCUGGGUCUCUUGGAAACCCGGAUCAAGAUGGUACGACAUUAAAAACUAUCUGAGAGCGCCUUUGUCUGGAGACAAUAUAUUUAUUGUGCAUGGUUAUUGGGGAGCAGAGCAUAAUGGUUGGGGGGAGAGCUCGUUGGAGGCGGCUGAUGACGUAUUAACUAGCUUUGGAGUUCCACCUUAUCUUUAUAACUUGGAUAAAAAAUGAAUUUCCUUGUUGCUUAGUUAAGGAAGACAAACAUAUUAUGUAAACACAGUGUUUAUCAAACGUUGUCAGUCAAUUGUUUUCAGAAAAAUUGAAAAAUUACUGAUAAUUCUUGUAACAACA